UUCUUCCUCUAUGUUCACUUCGCCGUAGGGUUGCAGCAGAUAAACGCCACCACCACACUCCAAUCCAAUUCAUCUCUCUCUCUCUCUCUCUCUCUCUCUUCCGCAGCCCUUGAAAAACACUUCUCCACGCCUGAAGCUCUGAUUCUUCUACUCCGUCUCUCCCCUCUCGCUCUCUCUAAAACCCAUCGUCUCUGCAACAAUGGGCGCUUCGCUUCCCCCCAAAGAAGCAAACCUAUUCAAGCUCAUCGUCAAAUCGUAUGAAACUAAGCAGUAUAAGAAGGGCUUGAAAGCGGCCGAUGCUAUCCUCAAAAAAUUCCCAGAUCAUGGAGAAACUUUGUCAAUGAAGGGUUUGACGUUAAAUUGCAUGGACCGCAAAGCAGAAGCAUAUGAACUUGUUCGGCUUGGGCUAAAGAAUGACCUCAAAAGUCAUGUUUGCUGGCAUGUUUAUGGUCUCCUGUACCGGUCGGACAGAGAAUAUAGGGAGGCAAUUAAAUGCUACCGGAAUGCCCUAAGGAUUGAUCCAGAUAACAUCGAAAUACUGCGGGAUUUGUCACUUUUACAGGCACAAAUGCGCGACUUGUCUGGUUUUGUUGAAACAAGGCAACAAUUGCUGACUCUAAAACCAAACCAUCGCAUGAAUUGGAUUGGAUUUGCUGUUGCCCAUCAUUUAAAUUCCAAUGCUUCAAAAGCAAUUGAUAUCCUUGAAGCAUAUGAAGGGACACUUGAUGAUGAUUAUCCUCCUGAUAAUGAACGUUGUGAGCAUGGGGAAAUGCUGUUGUACAAGAUUUCGUUAAUGGAAGAAUGUAGCUUUCUAGAGAGAGCUUUAGAGGAACUGCACAAGAAGGAGUUUAAAAUUGUUGAUAAACUAGGCUUCAAGGAGCAUGAAGUUUCGCUUCUUGUGAAGCUUGGUAGUCUAGAAGAUGGUGAAAAAUUGUACAGAAUGCUGCUUUCCAUGAACCCUGACAAUUACAGGUAUUAUGAGGGAUUACAGAAGUGUGUGGGUCUAUCAUCAAAAAGUCACUGCUAUUCAUCUGAGGAAAUUGAUCGAUUGGAGAGCUUAUAUAAAUCACUUGGGCAGCAAUACAAUCGGUCAUCUGCUGUUAAGAGGAUACCACUUGAUUUUCUAAAUGGUGAAAAGUUCCGGGAGGCAGCAGAUAAUUACAUUCGGCCUCUCCUGAGGAAGGGAGUUCCUUCAGUAUUCUCGGAUCUUUCUCCUUUGUAUGAUCACCCUGGCAAGGCAGACAUUCUAGAGCAACUGAUUCUUGAGUUGGAACAUUUAAUUAGGACAACUGGUGGAUACCCUGGGAGGACAGAGGAGGAGCCUCCUUCAACUUUGCUGUGGGCUUUGUUCUAUUUGGCUCAGCAUUAUGACAGACGGGGCCAACAUGAUAUUGCCCUAGUUAAAAUUGACGAGGCUAUCAAACACACUCCAACUGUGAUUGAUUUAUAUUCCGUCAAGGCCCGUAUAUUAAAGCAUGCUGGUGACUUGGUAGCUGCUGCUGCUCUGGCAGAUGAAGCUAGAUGCAUGGAUCUUGCUGAUCGCUAUGUAAAUAGUGACUGUGUGAAGCGUUUGCUGCAGGCUGAUCAGGUGGCAUUGGCAGAGAAGACAGCUGUGUUGUUCACAAAAGAUGGGGAUCCGCACAAUAACCUGCACGAUAUGCAAUGCAUGUGGUAUGAACUUGGUUCUGGAGAAAGCUACUUCCGCCAAGGUGACCUUGGUAGAGCGUUGAAAAAAUUCUUAGCUGUGGAGAAGCAUUAUGCAGAUAUAACUGAAGACCAGUUUGAUUUCCACUCCUAUUGCUUAAGAAAAAUGACUCUGCGAACGUAUGUGGAAAUGAUGAAAUUUCAAGAUCGGUUGCAUUCGCACAAUUAUUUUCGUAAAGCAGCAGCUGGAGCUAUCAGGUGCUAUAUAAGAUUGUAUGAUUCACCUUCAAAGUCAGCAGCUGAAGAAGAUGAUGAAAUGUCAAAGUUACCUCCUUCUCAGAAGAAGAAAAUGAGGCAAAAGCAGAGGAAGGCAGAAGCUCGAGCUAAGAAAGAGGCAGAAGUGAAAAAUGAAGAAACAAAUGUUAGUGUUGUCUCGAAGUCUGGAAAACGAAAUGUCAAACCAGUUGAUCUGGAUCCAAAUGGGGAGAAGCUACUGCAGGUUGAAGAUCCGCUGUUGGAAGCUACAAAGUACUUAAAGCUGCUUCAAAAGCACUCACCUGAUUCCUUAGAGACACACUUGCUCUCGUUUGAACUAAAUAUGAGAAAGCAAAGAACUCUGCUCGCCUUUCAGGCUGUAAAGCAACUUGUACGGUUGGAUGCUGAAAACCCGGACUCACAUCGCUGCUUGAUAAGGUUCUUCCAUAAAUUGGGUUCUAUGCCUACUCCGGUGACCGAUACUGAGAAACUCAUUUGGGCUGUCUUAGAAGCAGAGCGACCUACUUUCAGUCAAUUGCAUGCGAAAUCUCUUACGGAGGCAAACACCCUUUUCCUAGAAAAGCAUAAAGACUCCUUGAUGCAUAGAGCAGCAGUUGCAGAAAUGCUACAUGUAUUGGAUCCUAGCAACAAGACUGAGGCUAUCAAAUUACUUGAGGAUUCAUCGAACAACCUGGUGUCAGGGAAUGGAGCACUUGGACCAGUCAGGGAAUGGAAACUCAAAGAUUGUGUUGCAGUUCACAAACUUCUGGGCACAACUUUGAAUGACCGAGACGCUGCAUUGAGAUGGAAGGUGCGAUGUGCAGAAUACUUCCCGUACUCCACAUACUUUGAAGGAAGCCACAGCUCUGCCAUACCAAACUCAGCUUACAACCAGACACACAAGAACCCCGAAAAUGGUGGUGCAACCCAUCUUGAUGCUCUUCACAAGCCAGAGUUCAUUUCUUCAAAUGGGAAAGUCGAGAAACUUGAGGCAUCAUUUAAGGACCUAGUUGUCUGACCAGACAAUUUGAAUGCAACUUGUCACGAAGCCAUCCUUUUACCUUUGCCUGGGUCAUCAAAGUGUUACUAAUUAAUUCUGUGGCUUUGGAUCGUGGAACUGGGUAAAUGAGUCGAAGGUCGGUCAUCAAGGUAGAUGAUCAAAGUUUUGUGCAAGUUAUGGUGAGAUCCUCUUUUCUGUUGCUUUGAGAUUUGGUGCCUCUUUUAGCCCACUAGUUCAACCUCUCCACCUAAUUGUGGAAUGCGUUUUCCCUUGCAAAUGUGUACAAGUUAUAGACAUAGGGUUUCCCUAAGUUGUUGCAUGCUUGCUUUUGCUCACAUUUGAGAUCCUGGACAAGAGGUUCUCAGAGUUUGCAAUGCUUCGCAACGUCUGAGGUUACUCCAGGUCGAGGGGUGCUCUACACUAGAUUUUUUUUUGAUAAGUCAGAACAGAUGAUACGCCCAAUAGAGUUGAUCUCCAUAUUUUGUUGUACUUGGCUCAUUCGGUUGACCGUUAUUAAUGAUGUGUAAAUGCUUUAUUAUUGGAAAAUUUUGGCAUGGAGUUAUUCAAUAACAGUUUUACUCUCUUGUUUU